AUGGCAACAACCACACAUACACACCCAAGUACAGCGAUUGAACUUCCAACACUCGGCCCCGCCACGGAAGAACGCCAGCGCAAUGUCCACGCCCAAACAGACCCCCAAUCCGAAGCAGAUGAGGUGAUGCAACAAUCUCUCCUGGCAGACUCUCAAGUUCCCGAUGGCGGCUAUGGCUGGAUCCUUAUCUCCGCAUGCGCUGUCGUAACAUGGUGGUUCGUCGGUGUUUCUUAUACAUGGGGUGUGAUGCAAGCCGCGCUAGUCGAUGAAUUGGGAUAUUCAUCUUCGACACUGGCGUUUGUGGGAUCUUUAUGUCCUGCCUGUAUCUCUUUACUGGCUGUGCCCAAUGCGACUCUCAUCAGUAAGAUUGGAGCGAGAGUUACUGCGCUUACGGGCAUUUUCUUGUUGGGUCUCGGGAGCAUUCUGUCCGGGUUUGCUGUACACAGUGUUGUGGGGUUGUUUAUGACUUGGGGAUUUGUUGGUGGGCUUGGAACUAGUUUGUGCUUUAUGGUCGUGUCUGUUACGCCGGCGCAAUACUUCAAAGCUAAGCGCGGAAUCGCCAAUGGCAUCGUGUAUGCUGGUGGUGGUCUUGGCGGUACAGUUAUCAGCUUCAUUCUGAAUGCGCUGCUCGAAAAUGUCGGAAUUGCCUGGACUUUUAGAAUCCUGGGAAUUAUGAUUCUUGCCACGGGAUUACCAGUUGCAUAUCUGAUCAAGGAGCGAGCUCCAAUCAAGCCUGCAAAAAUGGUUGAAUGGAGUCUCUUCCGCGAUAUCCGUUUCACGACCCUCUGGCUAACAGGCGCAAUUGGCACAUUCCCCCUCUUCGUCCCGGCCUUCUUCCUCCCUCUCUAUACAAACUCCCUUGGCCUCCCUUCCAGCGCCGGAGCAGGUCUAGUUGCGGCCUUCAAUUUCUCUUCCGCGAUCGGACGUCUAUCCUGCGGCUUCGCUUGCGACAAGUUCGGUGCCAUGAACACCCUUUUCAUUUCAUUGCUACUCAGUGCUCUUAGUCUGUUCGUGCUGUGGCCAGUAUCGAACUCCAUUGGGCCUUUGGUUGCCUUUGUGGUUAUUAAUGGAUCUGCGAACGGUGGAUUCUUCUCUACCAUGCCAACUGUUGUUGGAAACUUGUUUGGGUCAGCAAGGGUGUCAGUUGCAGUUGGAAUGAUCGUUAGUGGGUGGCUUGGAGGAUACCUGAUGGGGGCUCCUAUUGCUGGUUAUAUCCUGAAUGCUUCUGGUGGUGAAUCGGGUGGUGUUGGUGCUUACCGACCUGCUAUUUUCUAUGCUGGUUCUAUGGCAACAGCUGCGACUGUUUUGGCCGGCAUAGCCCGCAUUAAGGUUGAUCGGAGGUUGAAAAAGACUGUAUGA